ACUGUCCACGGAACCGCAAAAAAAAAAAAAAACAACAACAACAGCAACAAAAGUAAAGCAUGGGGGCAGUGAAAUCCCUGAACACUUAGCGGGUCUUUUGCUUUUGGGGGUUUUGGUUUCUUUGAACGAAGAAUACGUUUAACGAAGGGAUGCGGGACUUCACUGAUGCGCGCAAGGCAGGUGUCCCCGAAGGCGCCAUGGAUCGGUUCGGACACAGCGAGAGCCCCUUUCAGAGAGCAGGAGGAUCCGUUCCCAUCAGAUGACUGGAAGCACUGUCCGUGGUGAGUGAGGAUCAGCCCAUUUUCGAGCCGCCCUACCCCGCAGCCCCUGCCAUGCACAUGAAGGCUGAGAUGACGUCGCCCAGCGGGUUCAGCCAGGCCUCCAAGCAGAGUCCUGAGCCCACCGAGCCAGAGUGGGUGGGGUCAGCAGCGCAAAACCCUGGGAAAAGAAGCGAACACGUCAAUGGAACCAGCCGCGAGUCCCCGGUGGACUGCAGUGUCACCAAGCGUUCCAGACACAUGAGUGACGACGGGGCCCCGAUGCCGUACCAUGCCACGUACGCAGAGCCUCGCGUCAGCCCCCAGACCGCCACCCCGCCCAGCAGCACCACAGAGGAGAAGAGGGUCAUCGUGCCAGCAGAUCCUGAGGUUUGGACACAGGACCACGUGCGGCAGUGGCUGGACUGGGCCAUCAAGGAGUACGUCCUGGAGGAGGUGGACGUCAUGCUCUUCCAAGCACUGGACGGCAAGGCCCUGUGCAAGAUGACCAAGGAAGACAUGAUGCGUCUCACGUCGGCCUACAAUGCAGACAUCCUGCUCUCGCACCUCAAUUACCUCCGGCAGAGUAGCCCUACGUUCUCCUACUCCACAACUCCCACCAACAACACACCACCACAACAACCCAGACUACAGGUGAAAGCAGAGACCGGGUUUGAUGAGAUCAGCCGCAGAAACAGCUGGCCUACAAACAACAUGACUGCAGUGCCUAAAGGUUCUUCCAUGGAGCACCAACACAGCACAAGAGUCACAGAGCCUGCUCCAAGAAUUGUGCAAGACCCGUAUCAGACAUUAGGGCCCAUAAGCAGUCGACUAGCUAACCCAGAAGGCCAAGCCCUCAGCUCAUCCAAGAACCGAACAGGCAAACAAAGUCCAUACAAGCUCCCUGACCCCAGCGCUCACAGGCCUGUGGGUUCGGGGCAGAUCCAGUUGUGGCAGUUCCUGCUGGAGCUGCUGUCCGACAGCAACAAUGCCGGCAUCAUCACCUGGGAGGGCACCAACGGUGAGUUCAAAAUGACCGACCCGGAUGAGGUGGCCAAGCGCUGGGGCGAGCGCAAGAGCAAGCCCAACAUGAACUAUGACAAGCUGAGCCGCGCUCUGCGCUACUACUACGACAAGAAUAUCAUGACCAAGGUGCACGGCAAGCGCUACGCCUACAAAUUUGACUUCCAAGGCAUCUCGCAGGCACACCAGAAUCACGCGGCGGAAGGGGGGAUUGUUAAGUACCAGACUGAGAUGUCUUACGUCCAGUCCUACCACAGCCACCAGCCCAAAAUGAACUUCAUGGGUGGCCACCCUGCACCUAUGCCCGUCUCCCCUGGCAACUUUUUCGCCCCCCCGUCGACAUACUGGAACUCCCCCAACACCUCCAUCUAUCCUGGGUCAGCCAUGACCAGGCAUCCCACCACUCACUCCCACCUGAGCUCGUACUACUGAGGACAGGGCAUUUUCACACCUGAACGGGAUAACAUGGGAGAGGAACCCGAGUGUGCUAGAAAACUCUUGCACACUCCAUCCAGGAUGUACCUGAGCUGAACCCCGUCUGAAAUGAAGGUGAUAUGACGCUACGGUCUGUUUUAUAAAGGCAUUAUGAAGUUGUCUUUGUCACAUUCUUUCUUAAAAAUGGACAAAUUGUGAGGGUAAAUUAAUUCUGUGAUGAAUGGAAAGGAUUGGUAUUGUACUCUUCAAAGAGUUUUCUUUUCUGAAUACACUGUUGACAGUAUUUUACGAUUAUACAGUUGUUAUGAAACCAAGUUUUGUUCCAUUUGUAAGUACAUUGUUUGAUAGUAAACUGUUGUAAAGACAAGUCAUACCCUUUACUGUGUGAGUAGCAUAAUGAUUUUCACAUAGGUCGAAAUUGCAGUUUUCACAUUCAAUGUGACUGACAUUUGUAAAAGAGAAUAUGUACAGAAUGAGUCACAUGUAGCACUGUAACAUUUACUCAUGAUGUAAAGCUAAUAAAUGAUGCUUGUACCUGAAAAUGGCCUCCUGUGACUAUUAUCAUGUACAGAUUCUGUAGAGAAACUUGGCAUUUUGAGUUUUCUUUGACUUUUUGUUAAUUGACAAAAUACUCUAUAAG